GAGAUGUUGCCAACUGCCGUUCUGCUGGUCUUGGCAGUGUCUGUGGUCGCUAGAGAUAACAUCACGUGUGACGGCCCCUGCGGGUCACGGUUCAGGCAGAACCAGCAAGGGGGCACGCGCAUCAUCGGUGGGCAGGCCGCGGCGCUCGGGGCCUGGCCCUGGAUGGUCAGCCUCCAGAUCUUCACGUACCACAACAAUCGGCGGUACCACGUGUGCGGGGGCACCUUGCUGAACUCCCACUGGCUGCUCACUGCUGCUCACUGCUUCCGGAACAAAAAAAAAGUUACCGACUGGAGGCUGAUUUUCGGAGCAAAGGAAGUUGUGUGGGGAAGCAAUAAGCCAGUGAAGCCACCACUGCAGGAGAGAUACGUUGAGAAAAUCAUCAUUCACGAGAAAUACUCCCCGGGUUCAGAGGCAAACGACAUUGCUCUCAUGAAGAUCACCCCUCCUGUUCCCUGUGGGCACUUCAUUGGACCAGGCUGCCUGCCCCAAUUUCGGGCAGGCCCACCCAGAAUUCCCCAGACAUGCUGGGUGGCUGGCUGGGGAUUCUUAAAAGACAAUGCCCCCAGGACAUCACCUAUACUGCAGGAGGCACGUGUGGACAUCAUCGACCUCGACUUAUGUAACUCGACCAUGUGGUACAAUGGGCGCAUUCGUUCAACCAAUGUGUGCGCAGGGUAUCCUGAAGGCAAGAUUGACACCUGCCAGGGGGACAGCGGCGGGCCUCUCAUGUGCAGAGAGAGCGUGGAAAACAGCUACGUGGUCGUGGGAAUCACAAGCUGGGGGGUAGGCUGUGCCCGAGCUAAGCGCCCCGGAGUCUACACGUCUACCUGGUCCUAUCUGAACUGGAUUGCUUCCAAGAUUGGUUCUAAUGCUUUGCACAUGAUUCAGUUGCCCACCCCUCCCCCUCCUUCUACUCCAGCACCCCCCGCUAAACCCACCUCCACUCAGCCUUCUAUUCGCCCACCUUGGUACUUCCAACAACCUCCUCGACCACCUCCCUCCCAGAGCCCCGCUGCAGUGGCCCGACCCCAACCCACAGCUCCACCGCCCCACCCUCCUCCACUGCCACCCCCUCCCCCUCCCCCUCCCCCACCGCAACCUUCCACUAAACCUCCCCAAGCACUUUCUUUUGCCAAGCGACUACAGCAGCUCAUAGAGGCCUUGAAGGGGAAGGCCUUUUUUGACAGAAAGGGCACUUAUGAAAUGGAGACCACAGAUAUCCCAGAGCAGCCUGCCUCCUCCUGA